CAACGGCCUUCAUCCUGAAGAAAUAUUAUCUGGAAUACCACAUUGCAAUGUGCCUGGUCAACAUUCAGAAUGCUCUUAGUGAGACGAAAGAGCAGACAUUGAUUGCAAGUUUUAGGAAAUUGUGGCCAAAAAAGGUCACCCAUGACUACGCCUAUUGUCACCCAUUGUGGCCAAAAAAAGUCACCCUGAUAUACGCUACGCCUGACAAAGUUCCCCAUUACGCCGUAGAUAAGGCUGUGAGGCUGGCUCGGUUGGUAGCCACUGAAGUGUUCUCCGACAUGACGACGGAAGAAGAGAACACACUGAUUCAGUGCCACUUGAACUCCCUAACUGACGAGGAACUCGUCGAAAUAACAAGGGCGGUGAGUGAGGAAGAAGAGGAGGUAGAUGAUGACGGUGACAACAACGAAUCUAAAGAACGUGGCCUUACUUUGGAAAAUCUGCAAGAGCUCUGCAAUAUAGCACGGACUCUGCAACAAAGGGCUCACGAAAUCGCCGACAACUUGGUAAGAGCGGUAGAAGUCAGUAACCGUAUUGAAGGUGUAAUGACGUUGUAAAAGGCAUCUUUGCUUAGAAGAAAAAUCAACGGUCACAACUCCCCAUCACGAUAUUCCUUGUGCGCUGAAAAUCUUCUGCAGAAGCUUAUCCUGCUGCCUCUACGCCGCCUCCUGCAGCUACUCCAGCUCUAUCCGAAGCUGGCCGCGACGAUCCAGCGUCUAUAGCAUCUGACGAUGAGGUGUCAUCUGAGUACCCAGUAAAGCUCUCAUUAAUCUGUGCAGUAAAUCAUCUUCAUCUUCUUCACCUCCAUCGUACUGCGCAGGUGUUUCAUCGACAUUUUUAAAGAUCAAGCAAAGAGAAGCUAUUGUCAGAGGACUGGAGCUUCAUAGAAUUUUGCAAACUGAAGACGGGCAUAGAAUGAAAGUACAAAUGAAGAAUAUGAAUGGUUAUUCGACAAGAACGACUGGCAUUUUCCCCAUUUAUACUCUCAAGAUGAAAGAAGUACGGAAAUAUCUCUAAUAAAGCAUUUAAUAUAACUUUAAAUGCAAACAAGCGCACAUUUUUCACAAAAUCUGAAUGUCAUCGUGAAAAUUGCAGAUACCAAUUCAAAAUAUCGAGAUGUAUCAGCAUCACUGCAAUCAAUAUAUAACAUCCAGACUUUCCAAUAAUUCCAUUUUUUGCCUUCUCUCCUUCUAACUGUCUUAGAAGACACAUAAAUGCUGACGAAGAAAUACUCGUACCUUAAAUUUAAAUCUGAAGCCCUAGAAAAGUUUUAAGUGUAACACAGAUAAUUUUAUAAAUUCAUUAAGUACAGGAACUUUUAUUUUUAUAGAAUUCUUGCUGACUAUUUACUUUUCACCUUCGAAAGUUGAAUAAUCAACUUUAGAUUCUCACGCUCACAAUUUAUUCUGUGGUGAGAUAAAGAAUAAAUGCAAAAACUUGAAUAAGAGAACGUAUUUUAUUCACAGUAUCAUAAGGAUAAUAUAUAAUCAAAAAAGUAAAAGCGUCAAAAAAUUCCGAAUGGAAAUCAUAAUCUAGAUGGUUCGAAACGAUUCAGGUCAAUAACGUUUCCUUCACAAAAUACUGAAAUAAUUCUAAUGCGAUUGCCAAAAAAUAUUGCGAAAGUGUCGUGAAAUAUCGUCGAUUGGAACAUCGAACUAUUUGAAGGAAAAUAUGAAUUCCAGCAAAUGAUUCGAUAAAGUACAGGAAGAAAUUACCGGGCAUCAAAUCGAAUUUACUGUAUGAGGAAAUUCUUUUUUUAUUAGUCAAUCGCAAGGCAUUUUCCAUUCCUUAUUUAGAAAGGAAUUACGUAUGCCAUCAGAUUUCAGUUACAGACUACAUUAGUUCUAGAAGUUGAAAGUAAAGUGGUAAAGAAAUUGAAUUAUAGCGACUGCUAUAAUUCAAUAUACGCUUAAUAUAACUAUAUUAAUUCAAAAAAAAGGAAUAUUUACUUAAGAGGUACCCGAUAUUGAGUGUAUGCAAGAUAUUUCAUUUAAACUUAUAAUCCCAGUUAGCGUUAAGGUAUUGCUGUGGAUUGCCGAUGUUUCUCAAGUAUUUUUGAACUAUCUACUUAUAUAUAUUCGAUUUAUAUAUUAUGGAUUUUUAGCAAAGGUAUAUAGCCAAUGUGUUUAGCGGAAGACAUUUACAGAGAUAUUUAAGAAAAAUAAAUGAACAUAUCUUAAAUUCAAUAUUUCUUAUUAUUUAACUAUUAAUAUCAAUAAAUGUGCUUUUGGGUGUUAAAAUAACAACAAAAAUUGAUCAUAUAUGUGAAAAUCUGCUUUAUCCUUUAAGUGCUCUUUGUUUGAGAAUGGCUGGUUUAAGUGAUGUAGCUUUGCUCUUGUACAACAUGUCGACAAAUUGUACUAGCCUUUUACCAUUUUUUAUUCCCAAUGAUACAAACUGCAGCUUUUCUGAAGAGCCAGAGGACGAUUUGAAUGGAUUCCUCGGGCCGCCUGAGCUGAUUGUUCAAUUUGCGAAAAUUUUAUAUGGUUUAGUAUGCUUAGUUGGGUUGUGUGGAAAUACUCUUGUAAUUUAUGUUGUUCUACGAUUCUCGAAAAUGCAAACAGUAACCAAUAUGUAUAUUUUAAACUUGGCUCUUGCGGAUGAAAUGUUUCUUAUUGGAUUGCCAUUUCUUCUAACAACGAUGAUUUAUCACUCAUGGCCAUUUGGUAGAGUAAUGUGUAAAGUUUAUAUGACUACUACAAGCAUCAAUCAGUUCACCAGCAGUCUUCUUUUGACAGUCAUGAGUGCAGACAGAUAUGUAGCUGUAUGUCAUCCUAUCCAGUCCCCUAGAUAUCGAACUCCCUUCAUUGCAAAGUUCAUUUGUCUCACAGCUUGGACAUUAUCUGCUUUAUUGAUGGUCCCAAUCUACAUGUAUGCCAGCAUCCUCAAGACUGGACCUUACAUAUCUUGCAAUAUAUACUGGCCAGAGAACGCGUAUAUGAAUGGCGAAAUGGCCUUCACUCUUUAUGCGUUUACUCUGGGUUUUGCGUUACCCUUGGUGCUAAUACUCGUCUUUUAUUUUCUCGUCAUUUGCAAGCUGAAAAGAGUAGGGCCUAAAAAUAAGAGCAAGGAGAAGAAACGCACGCACCGGAAGGUGACGUAUCUCGUUUUGACUGUCGUCACGGUGUACGUCAUCUGCUGGCUGCCGUAUUGGUGUGCACAAGUGUGGCUCACAUUCAUGCCCCCUGACUCUGGACAGAAUACGUUUAGUUUCACCAUGAUGCUGCUGACUGGUUGUCUUUCAUACGCCAACUCAGCUGUUAACCCAAUAUUGUACGCCUUUCUUAGUGACAACUUUAAGAAGAGCUUCGCUAAGGCUUUUACAUGCGCUGCUGGCAGAGAAGUAAAUGCCCAGUUGCAUGUUGAAAACAGCUUCUUUCCCAAAACUACUCGUGGUGGUUCCAGCCGUCAAGGAGAACGCAAGACAGAGUCAAUGCAAGGUCUAAAAGUCAAAUGUCAUGAAAUGGAGCAAUCCACUGCUGUCACUGUAAUGAAACAUGAGAAGGAUGGACAACUUGUUCGCAAUGGAUUUAACAAACAGUCAUUGGAAAGUGAAGUUACUCAAGUGUAAUAUUCAAAAUACUGAAGCGGGCGUUAUAGCAGUUGCGUGAAAGCAACAAUAAAAGUAGCUUUAAUUUUUAUUAAAAUUCGAUAUACGAGUUUAGAACAAAACCUGCCCUCUUGUAAUUUGGAAAAGUCAGAUUUUGCAUAAAACCUAAUUUUUCAUAUUUUCGAAGAUCUGCGUUUGAUUGCAUUUCACACACACACACACAAAAAAAAAAAAAAAAAAAAAAAAAAAAAAAAAAAAAAAUUGCACCGGAAAAAUAAAUUGUUGUCACUAUGGACCAAAUAAUUUCGAUUUGUAUAUAAUGUUUGGUCAUCUGAACUAACUGAAGAAUAGAUUAUGGAAUUCCAGUGAGUAGAUGUUGCUAAUGGGGUGAAGAACUGAAGCGAUUUUCUGCAAAAUGCUGUCUAAAAUUAUCUGCGCAAAUUCUAGAAUUUUUAAAAUAUCGUGGAUAUAAAAAGUAGCUUUAUCGUUAUCUUAUUGCUAAAUGCAUUCUGCUGGGCUGUGAUGCGAACUAGCAGCUACAUUGUAUGUAUCACAGUGAAAUAAGAUAGUGGUGAAGUCCAUUUAGUGAACUGCACAGCAUGUGGCUUCAUAUUCUUCUUAGCAACGGAAAUUUUGAUUUUCAUCAAAGAUUACUUUGCAGAUUAUGUGAUGGUAACGCAAAAUCUACAAAACUUGAAGAAUGAAAUUAUUGAUUGUAAAUAAGGAAAGUUUAUUCGUUUAAUAUACAGCAAAUAUUUCGUAAUGUUUAACAUAAAGAAACCUUGUAUCGCAUAUACAAUUCAUGUUUUACAUUAUAUUCAACGAAUCAUACCAGAUUAAAUCAUUGUAAUAUAAAUCAAGAAAUGCAUUGCGUGCGAAAAGAUGAAGUAAUGCAUAAUUCCCUUUAUUGUGCAUUAUAGCUUUCAUCAUUUCUUUGUUUUCUUCAUAAUCUGGUCAAAUUAGCUGUGUUGAAAAGCUUCAAUUACUUCAUGUACACUUAUUAUGAAAAUCUAAUACUUUUCAUUAGAAUUUUAUUAGCAAGAGUUCUAAUAAACGGAACUAUAACAGAAUGUAAAGCAGUUGUUAUGUGAAAAAGGAGGAGAGAUUUUUAAAAUAGUGGAAUUAUUUCGAAACUCGACAAUGAUUUCAGACUUUUAAGAAAUCUAUAUGUCGAAGCUGUGUAAAAGAGUCUACAAGAAACGCUUUGUUGAAAAAUGCAGACAUAAACUUAGGGUUUUGUAUUUCAGCACGUUCAUUACUCAAAGAAUACAUUUUACGUUAAUGCAGAACAUUCACAUGACAUUUUAAAUGUAUUUCAAUUAUGAUAUGAAUACUUUUAACUAAUAUAUUAUCAUGAAUAAGAAUUGGGAACUAUUUUUAAGAUAACAUCAGUAUUACUGUUAAAACUCAAGACCGAAAAAUUUUUACGCUAAAAGCGAAUUCCAAUUUUUCGGAACGGAGCAAAAUAUUUAUUGACUUUUGUGAAAGAAUGAUUCUACUUUCUGUUUUAUUUAUUUGUUGCUAAUUAUUACUAUGCAUUUAUGCAUUGUCUUAAUAUAGCAUGAAAAUAUUGAGGCAAUAAUUUGUAAUAUAACGUUUUCGUUAUUUAAAAAUCAAAUUUUGAAUUAAGAUUAAAAUUUAUUUCUUAAAUCUCUAAGUGAGAUAGGUGUUUUGAAUUAAUGCAUUAGCUCUGUAAGUUGUUGGAUUGUCUGCUGCAAAUUUAUCCUUUCUCUUUUGACCACAUGCAAACACACAAGUAUUUCAUUCGUACAAGAUUUACAGAAUUUAGCUGUACGAAGGUUUAUGUAUCAGUGUUGUAAAAGAUUGUGUAUAACAUUUAGUGAUGUGUUCUGUGGAUGGCUAUUCCCAACAUUAUUAUGAUAUUAAGAUUUCCAAGUGGCGGAUUAUUACUUGUUCCGUAAUUAAAUUUAUCUUUUCUUUGAUGUUAGCAAAUCAUAUCUGAAGCUUAAAUUCUUCAGGUGCCAAUUUUCAUAUAAUUUUUAUGUGAAGUUUUAUUUUGAGUACAGAACUGUAACAUGUUUUACGAAGUAAAUGUUUUGUCUACUCAAAAAUAUAUUUAUAUGAUUCAGGGAAAAUAACUUAAGUGGAUGAAAAGGAACAAAAACAUGAAAUGAGAUUUGUAUUUUAAUGUAAUUUCGAACAGCGUUAAAAAUACAUUAAAAUACAUAUAAAAAUGGGUAAACAUUAACGAGUAUCAAAGAAAUAUUCCCCACAGUAUCUUUUCUUUUCUUUUAAUUUAUCGUUUUUAGUAGGAAGACUGAGCAGUGAUUACUUUUACAAUGGUUAAAAUUUUUGCUUCAGAACGUGAAAUGCUAUUUGAAUGGCGAUUAUAAUUUUUAUUUUGCAUUUUUUAGAUGUUAAAAUAUUUAUAAGGACAAAAUGUUCCAUUCACAAACCUGAAGCGAUGUUAAAUGUGUAUCAUAAAACAUGUGAUGAUGGUUUUUGCAUUUACUGACAUAAGAAUCAGAACAAUUAAUGUUGUGCAGUAAUUUUGUGUAAGAAUGUUUGAAGUUCUCUCUACGUAUAUACUUGUACACUUAUAAUGUCAAUAUUCAUGGCAUGUAAUCUGAACAUAUAUAAAAUACUCUUUCAGGUGCUCUUGUAAUAUUUAUUGAUUGUUCAAAUGAAUGGUAUAUCUGUUGUAACUAAUGUAACUUUAUAAUGUAUUUUUGUUAUAUGUUGUACUGUAAUUAAGAACGAUUAAAUGGAAUUGAUAAUGUAUU